AUGUCUUCCCUGGCCAGGGCGAUACUGGAGGAGUGCGUGCGCCAGGAUGUGCUCGUGGACGACGACUUUGUGGCCUUCUACGUCACCAGCUUGGCGACGGAGACCGAAGAGGUUGGGCGAAUUGUGGACUUCCUGGCCGACAAGAGGCGACCAGCGCUCAUCACGCUGAAGAUGCAAUUCUACGUGACGGAGAAUCCCGUGGCCGUGGAGCGGAUCAAGCAGAAGCACAGGGAUGUGGUGAAGCAGAAGACAUCCCGGCUGUCCAGGGAGAUCCUCGAGGGCUGUCCCAAGAGCAAGGAGGAGCGGGCAAAGCUGCUGCGGAGAAUCGUGGUGGAUCUCGUGGUGAACAACAGCAUCGGCAGUCCGGCCAAUGAGAAAGUGCUGGAAGAGACCGAAUCGGCUCUCAAGAGCGUCAUCUCCGAGAGCGACGUGACCACGUUCGCGAGCCUCAGACGAGUGGACAAGAUCAGAACGCUGGAGGAUCUCAGGAGAAUUGUCUGUGGCAUCAGAGUGUUCAACAGCGACGCCGGACACUGUGGCGAAGGCAUCGUGAACUUGGCGGAGAUCGUGGAAAAGUCCCUGGAAACCACAAUUAGUCUCCUGAAAGGCUCUCUUGAGGCCACAAAGAAGAGGAGUCACAUCUACUUCUCCUUCCUAUCGUCUUGCCUGACCACCAAAGGGAUCAAAUUGCCUUCUUCUUGCUCUGCAGAACUCUUUGACAUCCUCAAGGAGAUUGGGAUUCUCUCUGUCCAACACGAGCACUUCCUCAUCUCCAUUCACGGUCUCGUAGUGGCCUUCAAAUUCGAUGUCUUCCAGAUUCUGGACUCCUUCAAGAACCUCUUGCGUUCCAUCCACGAGAAGGUAAAGUAUCGCACGGCGAUUCCCACCGAUGAAAUUUAUCCUAAGUUCAAGGAUUUGGGCGUCUUGUGGCUGGAACUGCAGGACUGCGUGCACGUUCUGUCGGAAGUGAAUCUCAUGAAUGACAAUUUAGCCUUCCUUGCCGAUCGCACCGGCAGCUACGAUGAGAUAGUUCUGGGCAUGCUGCCUGAGAGUGCUGAAGAGGAUCAAAAUGGUGAUUCUGCAGAAAAGAUCUCAAUUCCUUGCCACCUGAAGGACUUCAGAAUCGUUGAUUCAAUACCCAGAGAGAAAAUAACCUAUUCUGGCUUCUGCCCAUGGGCUUUGUCGCACGGAAUCCUUCUGCCAGGCAAUGAAUCCUUGGGAAUCAUUCAGUUUCAGGAAUCUAUCAAUUAUUCCUUCUACUCGAGAGAUUUUGCAGAAACUGCUUUGUCGAAGAUGCGUUCAAUUGAGAAGAAAAUCUCACAGGAAGUAGCCUCUAAUUCUCAGCUGAAGAUUCUGCUGGACUUCCAAAGUAAGUCGUGGAAGCCGGACACUGAGAAAUUGGCUAAAAACGUGAGAAUUGACCAAGAAAUGCAGACAGAACUUCAUCCAAUCCCGAGUUUCUUCGAUCGGAGUCACUCUUCAAGGCGCAGAGAUAAGGACAUGAAGUGUCACUCUACACAGACCUUGCGAGAGUCCUGCACGCAAACUAUAGAGGUAGAGGAUAAGAAUGUGCAGACAAAUUAA